GUACACGACUCUGACCACUUACCUACAAGUGCUACAUGUAUGAAUCUUUUCAAAUUGCCUAUUUAUAACUCUCGUGCCAAGCUUGAGGACAAAUUAAGAUUUGAGUCUAGCGAAAUUGACCAAGAAUCUUCCCAUCUUCCAGAUAUGCCAUCAAUGCUGGAGCUGGAUUUGAGCUAUCCUAAACAUGAAUGGAUGAGUAAUUCUGAAGAUCUUUUCUGUGGAUUGUAA